GUGAGGAGGAGAGGAAUGAGCGCAGGAAUGGCCUCAAGGAAGCAAGGAAUCGGGUGGGCCCGGGGGUCCCAGAGAACCCGAUGGGGAGUCUGCCUGGCGGUUUCGUUCUGCCUCCUCCAGCUCCAGGGAGUACGCUGCAAGUGCUACUUCCAAGCUCAAGCCCCCUGCCACCACGAGGGGAAGCGCUUCACCCUGGGAGAGUCUUGGCUCCGCCCCGACUGUUUCCACUGCACCUGUCUGCAUCCCGUCGGCGUGGGCUGCUGCGAUACCUCCCAGCACCUCAUCGACUUUCCAGGCAACUGCGAGGUGCGGCGGGACCCCGGGACCUGCCGGAUCACCCUGGUACAGAAAACCGAUCCCCGACUGCCCUGCAGCGGGGGGCCCCCUAACCCCGAGUGGGGCUCUGCCAGCACCUCUGGGCCAGGGAUUCCCUCAGCCCCGCGGGACCCUACUGACCGGCCCCUCCGCCCAACUGCCUAGCCUGGCCACAACUACUGCCGCUGCCACCGCCUUCGGGGAAACCACUAGCAGCUGCGACUUUAUUCUAAUAAAUAAGUU